AUGCUGGUAACGUAUUUGGAAGCCAACCGGGACCUUUGUGAGACGGACUCAAUUGUUUUUGGCGCCGCAGUGGCAGCUUGCCGUAUAAUUGGCGCCAAACUUCUCAUGGCUGGACGCGCUACUAAACAAAGUAGCGCCAUACCAACCUGGAGAAAAGGAAUUGAGGACCGUAUUGUAAAGGCAAGGGCCCUUAUCGGCAGACUGAUAAGCUUCAGGUCGGGUAAUAAUAGACCGAGUGUCGUGAGCACCGUUAGAAUGGCGUUUGCUGGGACAAAUAUCAGUUUGUCCCAGCCGGAUAUCACGCAGAAACUAACGGAGCGCAUAGACGACCUGAAGCAAAAGAUUGAAGAUUGCUGCUUGGGGGAAGCGGAUUCGCCGAUUUACCGAAAGGUCAAGGCGGUUCAAACAGAAUCGUCUCUUCCAGAGUGA